GUUUGUUGGUGAAGCAUUUUUAACCAGCUAAAGCCGGCAGCACGAAAAAGGCCAAGUGUGAAAUGUCCAAUCACUAUGAAAUUCCUUCGUGGGCCGGCAAGCCUCCCACUGGUCUUCAUCUGGAUGUGAUGAAGGAGGACAAGUUGAUCCAGAAGCUGAUGAUCGAUGAAAAACGCUGCUAUCUAUUCGGGCGCAACCCUCAGAUGAACGACUUUUGCAUUGAUCACGCUUCAUGUUCCCGCGUCCACGCUGCGUUCGUCUACCACAAACAUCUUCACAUUGCUUAUCUGGUAGAUCUGGGCAGCACACACGGAACGUUCAUAGGAUCAGUUCGGCUGGAGGGCCACAAACCUACGCAGUUGCAGAUUAACAGUCAGUUUAGCUUUGGUGCUUCCACGCGCCAUUACAUUCUCCGCGAAAGACCCACUGUGGGGUCGCGAACAAACAUCAUGGAAGAUAUUCCCAUGACCAUGAUGGACACCAGUGACGGUACAUUUCUGGGGCUACCGGAAAGCCAAACCGAGCUGGAUAAUCUCACCGAGUACAACACGGCGCACAACAGACGCAUAUCCAUGUUGGGAAUUUCUGAUGACAGUGGCACAGGCGGAGGGGCUGGCGGCCCCGGUGGUCCGGGCGUGGUCAGCGGGGGUUCAUACAAGAAGAACAAAAAACGUAAGCGGAAAGGGGUGGCUUUCAACGAGGAUGAAAUUAUUAUCAAUCCCGAAGACAUCGACCCAUCGAUUGGACGCUUCCGCAACCUAAUCCAGUCAACUGUCGUGCCGGUGUCGGCGAAACGUGCGAAAAUGGAGGGACAGAACAGUAUGGGCAUCAUUACUUCUCCCCCCUGCAGCAGCAAGCCGGCGGGUUUCCCUCUCCAUCCGCAUCAUCCCAUUCACCCGGGGCAGAGCCAUCAGUCGCUCUACCACGGCAUCGAUCCGUCCGAUGGAGCAUCGUCGUCCGUUGCCGGCCACGAUGGGCGCAGCUUCGACAUGGACACACUGGUGAGUGGUCUGACCACCAAGCUGGGCAUAUUGCUUCCCAAUCCGGCGCCGGAUGUGAACCCGACCCCGGUAGCAGCCCGUGAAACUGCCGCAGUCGUCAACGUUUUCGCUACACCCGGACACUCAUCUGCACCUGGUGGUGGUUUGAAUAGCAACGUCAAUUUGAGCGACAAACCGAACGAGACGUCUGAGGAGCCGAAGAAGAAGAAGUACGCCAAGGAGCAGUGGCCUGGACGAAAGCCGCUUGGAUUGGGAAGUUUUUAAGCAACAUCAUACCUACGUGGUACACGGAUUAGCCGUCGUUGUGUGCGUUUCUUCUCGCUGACUCUAACUUUAACCCCAUACAAUGUACAAAAGCA